AAAUAUUUAUUUAUUCAUUUAUCUCAUAGCCACUUUACGCAGAAUAAUGUUGUGACACGCGCGUUUGUGAGCUGGUUCAACUGAAAAUUUCACUUUACAGCGAAAGACUACCAUUGAGAUCUUUGAUAAUCCUGGGAUGCCGCCUCUACUGUUACGGCGAACACUGGAAGCUGUAGGCUGAGAGCUAGAGCAGAAAUCAUCAAGCUCCUGCAUGUCCGAUUUCUCGUCUCUCUCCGCAAACCCGAAACCCUGAUUCUAAACCCUAGUAUCUGAACUUCGAUAUGUGCUCCUCUCCAUUUCCUUCUCCCCUAGUACUUCCCACCAACCGUCGCUCUUUCUUGCGCAGUAUUCGCACUGAUGUUUCCAUUUUCAAUUCAUUGAAGGCGUCUCUAGAUCAUCACAGAUCCAGAAAACAUAGACUUCGUUUGGCUGCGUCCGUUGCUGAGAGAAACCUCGGGUUCUCGUGGUUUGCUCCGGACAAUCGGGGAAAUGAUGACUGCGGCGGUUGGGCAAUUGUUGAGUCUCCUGUUGAGAAGAAGACGGGAAAGAAGAGAUUGCCUACAUUUGUGUUUGGGGUUAUUGGGAUUUCAGUUACAGCUCUAAUUGCAGCCAUGGCUCACUUCUCAAUGACAAGAAAAGGUUUUAAGUUUCAGUUUAGUAGUGCAUUGCAUGCUUUGCCCGGUUUAUUAAUGCAUGAUGAAAUUAAAGCCAAUGGGACCGAAAAAGCGGAGACUGAUGGAUCUGAUGUGGAAGCCUUGGUUUUAGAGACAAACCCAGACUAUAGAUGUAAUGCAACAAGUGACACUGUGUCAUCAGCAGCUGUGGAGAAACUUGAACGUGUUAUAAUUCCAGUUGCUGUGGAUUCUACUCAACAAGAAGCUCUACUGGUUCUUAAGAAACUGAAGAUCAUUGAAGAAAAUGUCAAGGCAGAUGAAUUGUGCACUAGAAGGGAGUAUGCAAGGUGGUUGGUUCAAGCAAAUUCAUUAUUGGAAAGAAAUCCCAAGCACAGGAUUGUUCCAUCUGUUUUACUUUCUGGGUUCAUUGUUGCUGCAUUUGAUGAUGUGAGCAUCUUCGACCCAGAUUUUUGGUCUAUUCAAGAGGCCGGUGUCAUUCCCAGCAAGCUAUCAGUAAUGAACCCCAAUUCUGAUCUGGAUGCUUUAAAAGGUGAACGAGGUGUCUAUUUUUUCCCAGAAAGGUUCGUAUCUCGACAGGAUCUGAUAAACUGGAAAGCCCAGCUGGAGUAUGAAUUGGUGCCAGGAGUAGAAGAAAAGAUAGUUAAAGCAAAAGUCGACUUUAUGGAUGUGAGGGAGGUCAGUUUAAAUGCAUCACCAGAACUUUUUGUGGAUAUCAUGGCGGGUGACAGUAGCAUACUCAGAAAAGUUUUUGGACAGAGCAAGCGGUUUCAACCAAAGAAACCUUCCACAAAAGCACAAGCAGUGGUGGCAGUAGCCAGUGGCAGGAUGACAGAAUCAAUAUAUGCUGAGCUGUCACGACUUGAAGCUGAGAACUCUUCUAGGAAAGCUGAGAUGGAAGAAAUUAGGCUUGAGUUGCUUGGCAAAGGAGAUAUACAAAGCUUUUGGGAUGAGAAGCUGGAAAAAGAGAUGGCCCGUGGUUUAGAAGUGGAGAGGGCUUACAUUGCUUCUGUGCAUAAUUUGGAACUGGAGAAGAUUGUUCAGGAGAAUAAUCUUGCCAAGUAUUUGAAGGAGAAGGCAGCUAUUGACUGCCAGAGGCAACUGCUUCUCAGUCUCCGGGAAGAAGUGAGUGAAAUGUCAGAAAGGCUUGCAUGGGAGAAGGCUAAUUAUAUAGCUGAGCAGCGUAAAUUGCAGGAUAUGCAUAGUGAUUUACAGACCAAGUGGGAAGGUAUGUGGGAUGCAAAAUCUCUGUUGGAAGCUGAGAAAGAAGCUGUACGAAUUCUAAGAUCUUGGGUAGAAGAUGAAGCGAGGAAAAACCAAGCUCGUGCGAAGGUUCUCGAGGAAGUCGGACGAAGGUGGAAAUGGGAGAGCCAAGCAUAGUGACCCAUUGCCUGAAAGCGGAGAUGAUUUGUUACUAGAACUCACUUCAUGAAAGCCGUGUUAGGGAAUCCCCAGCUUUUGUCUUUCUUAGAGUCCCUGGGUCAUCUUCCGAAUCCUCUACUGAUAUUUUGGAGGAUCAACUCCGUUUUUCGUCUCCUAGUUUGUCAAACUUGCAAAGCUUCCUACUCUUUGUUUAGAAUUAUACCCUUUAGUAAUAUGUUAUCAUAAAAAAGAACUUUUUUUUUUUCCUUAACUUGUAAUCAUUGGACAGAGGAGGUUCGUCUCUAUGGCUCCCAUUUGCAGUUCAAUGGUCACAAAGUAAAAUUUAUUUUUGAUGUUU